AUGAACCAGGAUGCAGGUGCCUCAGUGUUGAGGACCCAGCAGCUGGAGAACACCAAAGACACACCCACCUGCCAGGGUUAUAUGAAGAAAAAGCCAUAUGAUGCUGAUGCAGUUCAAGCGUUUAUGGACCGGAAAAGAAAAGAAAUGUUGAGGCGACAAGCUGAAGAGAAAAUUACAAAGGAGACGUCACAGAGAGAGCAGGCCGAGAUGAGAAGACAAAAACUGCAGGAAGUCUACAGGAAGCAGCGAGAAGCAGUGAAACGUUUUGCUGCUAAGCCACGUGUGGUCCCUGUAAAAAAUCAACAACAGGAGACCGACAGCAGACUUUUGUUGGAGGAGGAGCAGGUGGACGAGGACGUCCCACAGACACGAUCGUCUUCUCCUGCUGAAGAGGAACAGCAGCAACUGUCAGGAGAGUCAGACGAAGACAAAAGCUUGGCGUCUCUGAAGAGUCCUUCAAGCAGUGACCGGUGUGUGACUGAUCAUCCAGCUUCUCCUUCGCCCAGUGAGAAAUCUGUGUCAGAUGGUCCUGAAGUGGCGUCUCCUGGUUCUCCUCUGGAGGAAGAUGAGUGUCACCAGUCAGAGCUGAAGGUCAGCAGUGAAGAAGACGCUCAUGAGGCAAACGUACACAUGGAGGAGAACAAGCAGAGCAUCGCCACGGUACACCCACACCCCACUCAGGAACACUAG